UGAAAUAAACAUGCUAACAGUGGACGGCGCUCACGCUCCCAAAAUAAUCUCCAUUCAUGAAUCCCGAGGUGCAGGUUUUGGUUUUGUACUUUGCUAAGAGCUCAGAGUUAUCAGGAGUCAAAUCAGAAACCAUCAGUGUUCAGUCUGAACUAAACAGCCUUCAACUGUGGCAACAACUGGAACUCAGACACCCAAAAUUGUCAGUGAUACGUGAGCAGGUGGUGCUGGCUGUACGGAGAGAGUACGUGGCUCUGGGUGAGCAUCGUGUUCACCUGCAGCACGGCGACGAGGUGGCCAUCAUUCCACCACUCAGCGGAGGCUAA